AUGUAUUUGGAUAAUAAAUAUUACCAUUUUGUGACCAUCAUUUUGGCCACACUCAGCUACUUGGGUGAUGGUCAACAACUAUGUGAUUCUACGACUUGUAAAGCACCAAACUGUCACUGCUCCGGGGUGAACAUUCCGGGUGGAUUCCAUCCGGAAGAUAUUCCUCAAAUGGUUUUAUUGUCGUUUGACGAUGCUGUCAACUGGGACAAUUGGGAUUACUACCUGAAACUCUUCCCACCCGACGGACACCGAAAGAACCCAAACGGGUGCCCUAUCUCCAUGACUUUGUUUGUCUCUCACAAUUAUACUGAUUACUGUAUGGUUCGUAAACUACACGGACGAGGCAUUGAAAUAGCAGACCAUAGCCUCACACAUCAGAAUAACACCCACACAGAUUGCACCUCUGAUUUGCACUACCAAUACCUGCAAGUACCGCAUGCAUGGUGGAAAAAUGCUAGCGAAGAAGAGUUAGCUAAUGAAAUAUUAACUCAACGUCACAACCUUGCAAAUCUUGCGGAAAUUCCAAUUGAACAUAUUCGAGGCUGGCGAAGUCCAUUUCUGCAACCAACAGGUGAUACGAUGUUUACCAUUCUUUGGAAGAAUAAUUUUACUUAUGAUGCCACCCUUACUCAUCCUUUUCCCAGGAAUGUUUAUUCACCAGUAAUUUGGCCGUUUACACUGGAUUCUCCCCUUGCUAUUGGUUGCAAUAUUAAACCGUGUCCACAAAAGUCUUACCCUGGCUUCUGGGAAGUUCCUGUAGUCACUUUAAUGGACUACAGAGAGCAUUUGCCUUGUGCCUAUGUAGAUUUCUGCCAAAACAAACCACGAAACAAAGAUGAAGCGUUUCAAAUAUUGUGGAAGAAUUUUCUGAGGAACUACCGGACCAACAGAGCUCCGUAUUAUUUAAAUCUUCAUUCUCCUUGGUUAGAUAAGACUGACAAUUUAGAUGCAAUGGACGAGUUUUUAAAUCGUUUAGUAGCUAUGGAAGAUGUCUUUAUCAUCAACGUUCACCAAGCGCUUGAAUGGAUGCGUUCGCCUACAUCAAAUAUGAAUAUUAUGGACUUUUUGCCAUGGCAAUGUCCCUUUUUCAAACCGAAUAUUGAAGAUGGUAUUUACUGUGUAAUGACUUACAAACCGCGUACUACUACCACUAAAGCAAUGUAUUCUAAUAGACCGAAUAAGAACAGCAAUACUGACGUCAGAAAGACUAAUCAAACAAAGGUGAACAGUAAUAUUAAUAGAGCGUAUCCACCUGGAUUUUUUGAAGAAGAACAAAUAACGAGACAUACCACUAAACGCAGACCUUGGUUUCUGCGUAACUCCGCGGCAAGAAAUAAUUCGUUUAAAUUUGUAAUAGGUUGGGUUUCUUGGUUUUGGAUACUAUUCUCAAAAUAAAACGUCUAAAUCUAACAAUCUCAAACAACCGAGAUAAUGUGAACCAGAAAGAACUAUAACUAAAACGCUUGAAGGUUGUUAAAUACAGAGAUGCUUGUAAUUUAAAUCAUAUCGGUGAUGUUAUAAGUAUAUAUUAUAUCGUUGUUUUAGGUCACG